AUGUACAGUAGCAGAAAUUCAAUUUUGCUUAUUACCUUAACAGUUGCUCUUCUUCUUCUCUGGUGUACAGUACAACCAACAUCUGCUGAUACGAACGAAGAAGAAUCUCAUCAUGUCGUCGAAACUAUGGAAGAAGAUAAUAGUGACAAUGAUUUAAUUGAUGAUUUUCUUGAUUUGUACGAACGUGCAUCUCUUCGUCCUGUUGCUAUACAACAACGUGCAUCCCUUCGACCAUUUGCUGGUAAACGUGCAUCUCUCCGACCAUUUGUUGGUCGUCGUGCAUCACUUCGACCAUCGGCUGGCAAACGGGCAUCCCUACGUCCAGCAAAUCAUUUGGGCAAACGAAAACGACGAAGCUCUGAUGAAUGA